CUUCCGGACUGUGCGGUCCACAUGCAGGAAGUGAGUUUUCAUCGACUGCUGCAGCCUCCCAGUGUCCGUGGAAAUCAGGAACUCCAGCUGUGGGGAACGGACACUUUAUUACACAUCACACGUUCUGUAUUCUCUCUGAUUCACCGAGGAUGGACAAGGACAGGAGUCACAGGACUGAGAGGAUAAUAAAUAUCACCCUGGAGAUCAUCUACCUGCUGACUGGGGAGGAUUACACAAUCGUGAAGAAGACAUCCAAUGGGUGUGAGACACCCAGCAGCCAUCCCCAUGUAUCAGGAGGACUGAGAAGAACCCAGAGCCCAAUCACGGUGCCUCCACCUCACUCACUGACACAUGAGAGACACAAUGACAAGAAGAUCCUGGAACUCACCAACAAGAUCAUUCAGCUGCUGACUGGAGAGGAGGGGGAGUAUAUAGAGGAACACAGGGGUCUGUACAAGGACGUGAUGAUGGAGAAUCACCGGCCCCUCACAUCACCUGGUCUAGAUGAAGGACUAAGACUAGGUUCCUUGAAGGUUCAAGUUUCGGCUCUCUCCAUCCUAUUUCAACAGCGGUUAGCGUCCUUACAAGAGGUUCAAACCUUUUUACAGGGGGUUCUGAGGAUACAACCUCCUUUCCGUCCUCCCACUGCGCAGUGGGACUUAGAUUUGUAG